CGCGGACUAUCACUACCAUGCGGUUCCUACAGAAUCAUGGACUUUUGGUCUCGUCUCAUCGGGGGCUCCCGCUCGCUGUCUACUAAAGGCUUUCGGGCUGCCACUCCCACAGAACGAUUGGCGUCCUUUAAACGGACCUGCAAUACCCUUCAGCAAAUAUGGCGCUCCAGCAACUCUACCUCCUCCGGCGAGCAGUCCGCGACCGUCCACGCGCGCAAUUGCAUUGAUCGGCUCAUCUCCGUCCUGAGCGACGAAUCCCGCGGCCCGGCUCCUCAUCCAUGUCUGGCGUAUGCCUCCUCCUCGCAAAUCUUCGUCACCGUCACCAAGCUCGCCCUCUCCUCCUACGACGAUGGCAUGCUCCGAUCCGCGACCGUCUUCUUCAAUACCCUGAUCGACUCCGAGGUCGAUGGUGUCGUCGACAAUCGUCUCUUUGCCCGGGCGUUGGUGGAUCUGGUUCGACUGGCGGACAAGCACUCGGAGGAUGUGGAAGGCAGACUGGUGGAACUCUUGUUUGGUGUGGCCAACAAUAUUCGUCUACAGCCGAGUAUUCUUCCGGCAUGGUUCGCUCCGCGGUCGGACGAUCAGGAUCGCGAUCAACAGAGUAAGGCCGGCGCGGAGUUUGCUGGCGCCAUGAGGAAGGGCGACUUUCCGUUGUUCUAUCUGCUGGUGGAGUAUGUGCAUCAUGCUGGCCGGGCGGGUGAUUUUGCUCGCACCGGUCUGCUGUAUCUGAUUGAGACGGCGUCUCGGUCUAAGAAUCUUGAGCGGUGGUUGAUCGAGAGUGACCUGGCUACACUGAUGGCUACUGGACUGGGGGCGCUGUAUAGCCAGUUGGGCAACUUGACAUUUCCGGAGAACACGGACGAGACGAUCCCGCACAUCAUUGCGCUCUCGGACCAUGCGCAGCAGGAUACUGCUCUGCCACCUCUGCUUGGCCCGUCUAUGGACUCGUUCAUGUCGUACCUGCUGUUUUGGCAGGAUACUAUCGAUCAUUGCAAGUCGGCUGAGGUGAACGGCUCGCUGUUGGACCAUUUCCAGAUCCUCUUCCUAGAGCAACUCUUGUACCCGUCUUUGCUGGAAUCUUCCGACGUGCAAGGGGGCUCCACUGCCGCUGUCCUUACCUAUCUAUAUCGCAUUCUGGAGUCGGUACAUCAGGAGGAUCUGGUGCACCGGAUUCUGCAUUUCCUCCUUGCAUCUCCAUCCGACUCGGAGCCUGCGACAGUCGGAAAGAACGCAGGUAUGUCUGCCAGCCGACGCAAGUCGCUCGAUGUCUUGGCCGCAUUCUCGGAAGAAGCUGCCAGGCCCUCGCCGUCUCUUUUCAAUCUGAGAGACCUUGCCCUACUUGGACUUCAGUCCGCGAAUCGUCAGACUGUUCUGGCCACCCUGCGGCUGAUGAGCAUCGUCCUGCAGCGGCAUCACACCUUUGCACGGUCGUUGAUCCGGACCAUUCCGGGGCAGCAUGCUAAGCAGCGGACCGUUGGGGCGCUGAACGUGGAGCUGGAGCAGCUGAUGGGCAUGGCCACAUCGAUCGUUGACGACCCCACGUUGAGCGAUGCAUAUGACAACUACCUGAAAGACGGCAUGGCAAUCCUCGAGGCCCGUUUGUGCAUUCCUCCAGCAGAGGAUUACCCGGAAGAAAACCUACCGCUUGAGCUGCGACACGAUGACCCUAUGGUGCGCGAACUACUGAAUUGCUUGGAGAACUUUUUCACGAACAGUGUUAUUGUGAACCUGGCGUUGACGGAGGUCCUUGGGAGCAUCGCCUCGUCACAUCUCAUCUCGCUUGAUGGCUGGCUUCUCGUGGACCCUUCCAAAUACACCUACAGCAGCUCAACGACGGACUCUUCAAGCGAAGGACAUUCGACCAACCUUCUCAAGCACAUCCAACUAGCGUACGAGGAACCAUCGUGGGCCAGCGAUGACACACCAGCCCUUACGUCGGUGCUGCAGAAGCUCGUGCAACGGAUUCAAAAGUGGCGCAAGGACGUGCCUGACUUUGAUAUUCUGGUCGCCGCGCGUCGCGAUCUCCUCCACCAGGACGAUGAACCUGUCAAGGCCUCUGGCCGUUCCCAGCGCAACUCCGAGCCUCCAACCCGCUCCUCCUCCCAACGACCAUUGUCCCAACUCGACUCCGACUACGGAUCGCCUCGCGGCCGGUCCACCCGACCCCUUGACUUCUCUACUACCGUCACCUCCUCCCCCAGUCGAGACACCAUGAGCUCCCCCGUCCGCGACCUUCCCUUCCGCCCGCCACGUGACCCCUCCCCGGCACGCAGAUCUGCCGCCGAAGAACUGCGCCAGCGUCUGGAACAACCUUUCCCAGUCGAUGGCACGACCCCCGAAACGAGCUCUGACAUCGAACCAGCGCAACCUGCGGACGAACCCAGCGACGCAGGAGACACCGCGGUGGUCGACGAAGAGCCCCGGACGGCAACCCUCGGUCACGUCCUCACCAACGUGGUCAUCCUGUACGAAUUUCUAUUGGAAACCUCGGCGGUCGUGCAAGCGCGGGGAACGUUAUUCGGAGAGGCUGGAUAUCUCAGUCCAGACUUCGACCUAGAUGUCGGUGCAGCUUCCUUUGAAGAAACAUCGUAAUGGUCGGUUUAUUGCUUAUGGCGUCGUGGGCGGGACCUACGAGGAUGGAUAUGUAUAGUCAAUGUAUGGUUAGUUUCUCUGAUAUGUGAUAAUAUGCAUGAGACCGUUCGGCAUGUCUACUCUGUGCUGCAUUAAUAGCGCACAUAGUUUUUUGACUUGAAGUCAGUGAGGUCAUUAGCUGUACAGUAACAAUCCCUAGUCCCGAUACAUCAUGC